AUGAGAAGCGUAGGUAUUGCUUUAAUUUGCCUAGGAAUGGUGGGAGCACUUGCACAUGAUGAUUCAAGAGACAGUCCAACACUACCCAAAAGUAUCACUCCUCAGCAAGUGCAGAUGGAUCUUCAAAGAUUGGAACAAUUGACUGAUGAGCAACUUGACCAAUUGGAAGAGUACUUCUCCAUUAAUCAGGCGUCUUCCCCUGGAUUUGGGUAUAUUGGGGAUGAGGAUAUCACAGCUGGUCUGGCAGAUGAGGAGUUGGGAAACACCGUAUCAGCUUCAAGUUCCGAUAUUGGCGUUGACAGCACGGAGACUAUAGCGCCCGGUGAUAUUGAUCCCGCAAAAACAGCACCCGAUAGGGCAGAUUCAAUCGAUAACUUGGGAUUACCGUUCCCUUGGAAGAAAAAAAAGAAAGACGAUGACGAUUGUGACGAUGAUGAUGAUGGUGACGAAGGCGACAAUAGUGGUAAUGAUGCUGAAGGUUCUCGUAAUAAGGUCAUAAUUGUUACGUUUGGGCGAGAUGAGAACGCAACGCUUGCACGUAUUCAGCAAUUUCAAUCCCAUACUGCUAAGAGCAGUCUUAGUCAAGAAGGAUCCCCUACUAAAAAAGCGUUCCACUUCAAGGAAGGAACUGUAAUUCCACUUACAGCUGAAGACGGACUUCAAUUGGAGGCACUGAUAAACCUUCAUCAGGGGAAUACUAGUGCUGAAACUUCAAGUUUUGAUCAAUAUAGUAAUGGAGCAAAACCUAGACUGGGAGGCAUUCGUAACGGAUUUGGAAUUCGCAAACUUAGUCCCCAGUAUUCCAAUGCUGCUAAUAAACAAAGUGUUUCAGUUAGCGCAGUCGGAGCCACGGUUCUGGUCAUGUACAGUGUUUUGUUCGUGUAA